AUGAGGGCAGCUCAAUCAGUUUGUCUCAUCUGUCGCCACCGACUUGCGACAAAGGCGGCCGUGCAACCACGGCAAUGGCGCGCGCAACUGUCGUCUUGGCCUGGCGCUUCGAGCGCCGCAGGUGACGGUUCAGUCAAGGCAGCAUCUACAGUCCAGACGGUCCAGAACACAACAGGAUUGAACAGUGGUGAUUCUGGAUACGCACGCCCCGAACGACCUGCAGAGGUAGGACGGCGAACAAAGCCACGGACGACCCCCAGGCCCCGAGGCUCCAACAGUAAGAAGACGGCGAAUGUCGAUGUCGCAGAUCUCUUCAGACAGAUUGUCGACCGGCCGGGCACGGAGAACAAUUCGCCUGAAACGGAACAUGCCAAUUACAUUAAUAUCAAGCUGGUUCAGGAUGUUGGCAAGUUGCAAGAUAUGCUGGAUGCCAAAGCUCCAAUAUCAGAUGCUUUCAAGUUUCUGCAGACGACCCUGUAUCCCGCCACUCAACAGGAGGGUAUCAUUGUACCCAAAGUCUUUUAUACUGUGGCGUCGAACCUGCUGCAUGAGGUAAUACACAUGAAGAAGGAAGACAGUCUGAAUCCCGAUUUGCCUCCCACUGCCGAGAUUCUCGGUAUUUGCGCCCACCUAGGAGAAUUCAGGGCAUCCGACUGGCUUCCGCUGGCUGGGGAACUGGUCAAGUACCUAUGCAAGAUGAAGACGUCUGCAGAUGACUAUCCUUCCAUUGAAGCUUUUGAGGACCACCUAGGUACCAAGAACAAAAUCAUUUCAGACCUUGUUGAGACCUGGAAAGUUCUCUCGCUCCCCAGACCCAGACCCGGGAAAAUCAGAGCUGAUGCCAGUGAGAUCCUCGAUGGCUUCUGGUUCCCGAGACUGGACAAAUUCGCCAUCACUAAACAUGCCAGAUCAAACAACUUUUCUCUGGCUCUUAGCAGCUUAUUCCCCCAGCACUCCCCCAAUCAGCUGGGCGACAAGCUCUCCGUCCUCGCUAUUGCGACACUCACGCUUCUGAUCGAUGGAGCAAGGAGCAACACGAGCUCGAGGCGCGGUGCUUUGCGAUUCAUGACAAAGGUGGCUCAUUUGAUCAAAGCAACCGGUGUAAAUGAAAAGGCUCUUCGAAAGGCCAUCAAGAUCACCUAUCCUUCAAUUGAAGGUUAUGUCAUGGGGCAAUGGCCCAAGUUGGAGGAAUACAUUGACGAGGUCAAUCGGUCGUCCAAUCCAUUCGGUGAACGUCAAGGAUCUUCAACGACCUCGAGGGCGGCCAAGGGCUCGCACGAUGCAAGGUAUUUCGAAAAGAAACUGAGCCAAGCAUACGUGACUCGAAAUUGGAGCGAGGUUGAUCGUCUUUGGCAAGAGUUUUCUGGCGCUCUCGUGCAAAGCACCGCGGACAAAACAUCCACGCCCAACCAGAGCCCUCACAUCUUUAAUUCAUUCAUCAAUACUUAUAUGGCUCUCAACAAGCCCGACAAGGCUAUCGAGGUGUGGAACACUCUGCCCAAAUGCGGGCUCAAGCCAACGCUCAAGACGUGGAAUGUCAUGCUCGAUGGCUGCAAAAAGGCACAGAACCUCAAGGGGCUGACAACAGUCUGGCAACGCUUGAUCAGUUCCGGGGCCAAAUUGGAUAUGCCAAUAUGGGUUACCAGGAUAGCCGGGUUGAUGGAGUGUAAUGAUCCGGCUGCUGCCGUCAUGGCACUCGAGGAAAUGGCAUUACUCUGGCGUGAGGCUCAGCAAAAGAAGAACGUGCAUGCCGCUCCUCUCACCAUAGAGCCCAUCAAUGCAGCCCUUUCGGGACUGAUUCGUCUCAACCACCAUUCCGCCGUGCAACGUCUGCUAGCCUGGGCAAAGGAACAAGGCAUCAACCCAAACAUUUACACAUUCAAUCUGCUGCUGCGGCCGCUCAUUAUCGAAGGGCGUGAUAAAGAAGUCGAGGCAAUUUUCAAGCACAUGGAGGCCCUGGGCAUCAAUGCCGAUCCGGCAACAUUUACCGUGAUCCUUGAGGGGACACUCAACAAGCUCGAGGCCUGGGACCCACAAAGACAAGUCGAGAUUGUGGCCACCAUCUUUGACGACAUGAAAGAGGCCGGCCUCGAGGCAAAUCAUCAAAACUAUGGCAAGAUGAUUCAUUUGCUCCUGCGCUCUGGCGAUCGUGCUCAAGCGUCGGUCAAGGCCGUCUUGGACCACAUGUGGCAACAAGGUCUAGAGCUGUCGCCGCAUAUCUACACAUCGCUCGUUGAGCAUUACUUUUCACGCAACCCUCCCGAUCUCGAGACUGUCAAUGAAUUGAUUCAACGCCGGCGCCUGCUCGACUAUGACGACAUGGACCGUAUUUUCUACGACCGGGUCAUUAAAGGUUAUGCUGCUGCUGGAGACCAUGAAACGGCGUUUAAUAUUUACCGCAGACUCAGCUCGGCUGGUUUCCUCGUCAACCUUGAUGCUCAGUACGAGCUUCUGCAUGCUCUCCUCUUGGCAGACAGGCGCAAUGAUGCCCGAGACAUGGUCGAGGAUACGGUCAACAGAUAUGCUGAACACCGUGGUGAGGGCAGUUGGCUGGGUCAUCGAUACUGGCAUACUGCCGAGAGGAAUGGCUUCAUCGACUGGAUACCAGAUGUUCGUGGUGGAAAGGCCGUCAUGCGGGAUCCACAAUAA